AUGAGCUUGAGUCUUUGGAUCAUUGCUGAUCUAUUAAUGCUUUGGCGUUGUGGGGCAAUGUGCUUCAUGUAUAUCCGGUGGUCUUUCCGUUGGCUGCCCUUGUUGGAGAAGGCCUCUCUGUUAGAGCAGACUACAGCUAUUCUCCCCUUUCAGAGUCCGCAUCAUUCGCUGUUACCUGAGGACGACUAG